ACUUUACUCUUAACACUCAACUAAAAAAUAUGCAGUCACUACUCUUGCCGCCGGCGAGUUCCUCCGGCCUCUCCGCCGUCGCUCUACGACCGGGUUUCCAGAACUCGUGCCAAAACCAACGCCUCUACACUCGCUCCCUACCACUUCUCUUGGCUCCGAAGAGGAAAUCCACCAUUUCUUCUUCACACUCCCAAUCGCCACCGUCUCUGUCCGUCUACGGUUUCCAAAUCGGAGGAUCCAAACCUAGUUUCGCACCAUCCACGGUGACAUUUUCAUCUCCGUCGUCUCCUUCUUCUGUUUCCGGUGAUAAUGAGGUCGACAAGGCAAAGCUCGCUCAGGUAGCAAAGAGAUUGGAGAAGACUUCAAGGUACUUCAAGAGGCUAGGGAGUAUUGGUUUCUGGGGGCAGCUUGUGUCAACCGUUGUUGCAGCUGUGAUUCUGUCAUUCUCCAUUGUUGUUACAGGGAAACCUACUUCACCUGCUACUUUCUAUGCUACUGCAAGUGGGAUAGCUGCUGCGUUUGUCUCGGUUUUCUGGUCGUUUGGGUAUAUUCGGCUUUCAGAGAGGCUUCGUAGAACUUCCAUUGACCCUGCCAAGGCUCCGCCUCGUGCUGAUGUUGUGAAAGGUUUGAGGAGCGGGAUUAUGGUAAAUCUUUUGGGAAUGGGAGCAGCACUUCUCGGGAUGCAAGCAACGGUUGGAUUCUUAGUUGCAAAGGCUUUAACAACCUCAGCUAACCCUUUCUACCAGGGAGUCUCCCAGGGUUACAGCCCCGUUCUUGCUCUUGAUGUCUUCCUAGUUCAGGCAUCAGCGAACACCUUACUCUCUCAUUUCCUAGGCCUUGUUUGCUCGUUGGAGCUGUUGCGGUCUGUAACAGUGCCCAAUUCGGAAUCUGUCUUAUCUCCUAAAGUUGCUUGAGUUUCUGCCUUUUUGGCCUCGCUUCUUGUAAUCAUCAUAAACGUUAUAAUCCCGAGGCUUGUUUCCUCUUAAAACUUCAGAAAUAUUCCUGAGUUACAACUGUGAUUUAUCAGAUAAAAAUUAUCA